CACGGAGAUCGACAUUGCCACAGAGAACGGACAACGACGAAACCACGAACCCAAGUUCCUUCCUUCCUUCCUUCCUUCCUCUCGAGCCUGCUGCUUCUUUCAGAUUCUGAUUCUGUUACCUUCUCCACAAGUUAAAGGAACGCAGGAAGACAAGCGCGGGGCUCACGCAUUCCUUACGUCAUGGUCGAACGAGCCAUAAAAGAAGGGACCCUUUUCGGGCUUCUUCUGCUGAAACAAGAACGGAGGAGGGGGAGAGAGAGAGAGAGAGGGCGGAGAUGGCGGGGCCUUCUUCGAGAGAGCCGCAGAUGACGAUAGCGGCGUCUUCGAUGUUUCCGGGGUUCAGGUUCUCGCCGACCGACGAGGAGCUCAUCUCGUACUACCUCAAGAAGAAGAUCGACGGCUGCGAGGAGAGCGUCGAGGUUAUCUCCGAGGUCGAGAUUUGCCGCCACGAGCCCUGGGACUUGCCAGCAAAAUCCAUUAUCCGAUCGGAAAACGAGUGGUUCUUCUUCAAUGCUCGCGGAAGGAAAUACCCACACGGCACGCAAAGUAGGCGAGCGACCGAACGUGGGUACUGGAAGGCCACCGGCAAGGAGCGGAAUGUCAAGGCCGGUUCCAGAGUGAUUGGUACUAAAAGGACUCUUGUUUUCCAUCUGGGCCGUGCGCCGAAAGGUGAAAGGACGGAAUGGAUUAUGCACGAGUACUGUAUGGAUGGGAAGUCGCAGGAUUCUCCAGUCAUCUGCCGGCUUCGCAGGAAUACCGAGUUCCGGAUUAACGACGGCUCGAAUCAGGCUUCUUCGAGUCAGAUAGAGCUGUCUUCUGUAGAUAAUAGAAACCAUGGUAUGUCCGAGGGCGGCAUUGAUGGGACAACUCUGUCUGAAGCCGCGGAAGGCUUCGCAAGAAGGUGCCCGAGCAGUUACGACUCUGAUUCUGUCGAGCAGAUGGACUCGGCAUCCGAAUCCAACCAAAACUUACCGAACGAAGUGACGAUGACGGAAUCUUCCGUCCGCCAGAAGGACACUGGCGACGAAGAAGAUUUCUUUGCGGACAUACUGAAAGACGACAUAAUCAAACUAGACGACUCCGCGGAUUCCACAGUGCCCCCCGCCCUGCCUAUGGAGUCCCGUCAACUGGAGGCCGAGAGGAGGACUCCUGGUGACGAAGAAGAUUUCUUUGCGGACAUACUGGAAGACGACAUAAUCAAACUAGACUACUCCGCGGAUUCCACAGUGCCCCCCGCCCUGCCUAUGGAGUCCCGUCAACUGGAGGCCGAGAGGAGAUCUCAAGAGCCGAUCGAAGCAUCCCUGUCGCAAGUCCUAAACUUCCCGACCGAGCCAAGCCGAAGAUUCAACCCCAGAGUGCCGGAACAAUCGAUAGCGUCAGCACUGGAGGGAUUAGAGCUGAAGGGGGAACACUCUGCCGGCAAGGGCCAAAAACCAAGCGACGAGCAACCGCCGACGUGCUUGCUCACGACCAUUGUUGCCGGGAAAACAUUCGGUCGCCGGUUUUCGUCCGCGGUCCUAGCGAUUGCGAUUAUCGCGGGGUUGCUGGUGUUCCUGCUAGGAGGGUACCCGAGAGCGAAGCCGAUCGCGCGGGACUUCGCUGUUUUACGGUAACUUAUGGAAGUAAACGUUGGUUUGGUGCGUUUCGAUCGCUGAUGUCGUGCGAGAUGGAAAUGAUGCGGGAUGGAUCAGUUGGUGUCUCGAAGGAGUGUUCAUGUACAGCAAAAGGUUGGUCAGUGGACGUCCUUAUGAUCAUUGAAUGUCCAUGGCAAAGCAUAUAUAGUAACUGGUUUUAUUA